ACUUGAAAUUCAAAAUUAAAUAUAAAAAAUCAAGGAGUUUGAAAUAUUUUCACGUGUUAAGUCAAUGUGUAAAUGAGAAACAAGCAUGUGCAUGUAGCAUGCAUGCAGCGGAACGUGAGGAGAAGUGAAGGCUGGGAUUAUCAUAAUUUUUUUUUUGGUUAAAAUUGUUUAUUUGAUUUUGUUGUCUGAAACAGAAGAUCCAACCGACACUAUUCAGUUCUUCGUCCAGGUUGUUCUUUCACGACUAUUCAGUUCCGUAUCUUUUGGAAAAGAAUGAUUCUUGGUUGAUAUUUUAUCAGUUAAAAUACUCUAUAAAUGGCAAUUUCUUUCUGAUGUUUCUAUAAAUAUUUUCUGCAAUCUCUCUUGUUGGUUUCUUUCGUGGAUGUCAAAUCUUACGUUUAUGGAAUCUUCUGUCUCAGUAGGAAACAGAAUUUGCAGAUACGCUGAGGAGAAGACAGAAGCAGAAACCAUGUCUGAAACAAAUCUCCCCCCAUAAUAUUCUCUUGUGAAUUACUCUUAUAUAUAGCUUCUUCUUGGGUCCGAAAGAACAUUCUUGAAGAAGAUGAAUGGGGUUUGGGUUUGCCUCAAGAGGCCUCUCAACUGCUGCUGCAGUUCCCGAAACUCGGGAGAUGUUCAUGAGCCUGUCAAGAGCCAAAUCCAGAGGGCAAGUACUCCUCGUUCAGGGAGUUCAAGAUCUCUGUCUAAUCUGAGAAAUCUCAUGAUUCCAAGCUCCGAGUUUCUUAAUGCAUCCAGAUUUGACGAUUUUGUCAUCAACGAUUCGAAUAUAUGCAAAUGUGUUGAAUCAAGCCUGACGGUUCGAUGCAGUCAUGUCAUAAGCUCGAGCUCUGCAUUUUCUUCGGACAUAUACACUGCCUGUUCUUGUUCUAAUCAGAGGCAUGGUUUGGCGUCUCUCGAGUCUGAUAUCUGCGAGUUUGGAGCUAUGGCUUGCCGGAGAUGUCACCUGAAAGUCAAAGAUCUCGAAGCUUUCGAGGCUCAUUUCCUUUCAAAUCAUGCUGUCUCCAAACUUGUAGCAGGAGAUUUUUCCCGACAAGUAGUGGAGCUGAUAUGCAACAUAGGCUCUUCUAUCAUAUCUGACAAAACCCGAGCAAACAUCAUGGCGAUUCUGAAACUCCAUAACAUGCAAAAGACCAUUGCAGAGUUUGAGAACUACAGAGAAACCAUAAAGAUAAGAUCCAGCAGGCUUCCAAAGAAACAUCCACGCUGUCUGGCCGACGGAAACGAGUUUCUUGGAUUCCACGGCACAACUCUAGCUUGCUCUCUUGGUCUGAACCACAAAAAAAAUAAUAUUUUUUUUACUAUAAUAGAAAUUAAUCACAUAUUAGAUCUACAUGGGUUCUCCUCCAAGACAAGAACAGACGGAGUUAAUGGAGUUCUGGUGACUUCUAUGAGCGUUAGCGCUCUGGAAUGCAUUGAAAUGGAUCGAUCGGGAAGAAGCAGGAGGAUAGUGCGGGCUCUGGUUCUAUGUAGGGUCAUUGCAGGGAGAGUUCAUAAGCCUCUGAAAAGAUUUGAACAGUUUUCAGGUUAUUCUGCCUUCGAUUCAGUGGCUGCGAAGAUGGGACUGAAUUCCAGCAUCGAAGAACUCUAUCUGUUGAGUACCAAAGCCUUGUUACCUUGCUUUGUAAUAAUCUUCAAGUCAUGAGAUAAAUACACAGUUCAUGUAAAUUUUUUUCUUUUUUAACUGGUUUAGAAGGAAAUUACUGUUACUUAGAAGAAGAAGAAGAAGUGUUUCUUGCGUCACAAGCAAGAUGCAUACAAAGUAUUGCAUGUUAAAAAUUCUUAAAUUUCACAUAUGUAUUAUUAUACAUGGGUUUAUGAUAAAUUGAUGAAUUAAAAAAAAAUGUUUUCGCCGCAGAUUAAUCUAAGAAUUUUGUAUCAACAGGAUCUAAUAGAUAUAAAUUAAAAUACGGUUCUUUAUAAUUAAGGAUGAGGUAAAUAUGGGUGUGUUUUGC